GUGUCGUCACAAGAUGGCGGAAGUGGUCGCGCGUGCGCAGACGGAUAAAACAGCGGGCGCAGGCUGAGUCUGUAGGCCGUGCGUUAUUGUUUACCUUUCUCGCGUUUAUACGAUGGGAAUAGAAGAGGAGGCCGACCGGACACUGUUCAUCAGAAACAUAGACUCGAGAGUGACGGAGGAGCUGCUGUUUGAACUGUGCUUACAGGCAGGACCCCUCAUCAGAACCAAGAUACCCAGAGAUCCGGACGGAAAACAGAAAACCUUUGGGUUCGCCGUGUACAAACACGAAGUCACGCCGCCGUACGCCAUUCAACUCUUGGACGGGACGUCGCUGUUCGGAAGGAACAUCCAUGUGCAGCAUAGAUCCGGAAGUAAUCAUCACUCCUCACAAAAUGCAAAUCCUGCCAACACCCCGAAUCCUCAUGGACAGAGAACCCCUCAGCAGUUCAGCUCCCCACCGUAUACGCCUCCGCCUUCACGAUCAUUCCACUCUCCUGAUAAUCUGCAGAAGCAAGUCAUGAUGAACAACAUGAUGUGGCAAACCCAGAUGCAGAUGAUGAGCGAUGGCUUCAGUCAGAAUCUGCAGCGACCGGAUGGUGGCAGUUCUGGCUCCAGGCAGAAUCACGGCUCCCCCUACAGGCCGUAUCACGCGCAAGGAAGAAGUCCGCGGCACCCAGAUGAAGCAGGGCAUCGGCAGCCACACGGGCACAACCGAAGUAACUACCACCAUCAGAACUACAGGAGCGGCGGCCAUCAUCGCGACGGCAAGGCUGGCAGCAGGCACGACAGAGACUGGCGCUGGUAGCGAUGGUCGCCGAGGCCGACGCCGCCGCAAUUCUGCAGGAUAGUUGGGUGUGGUGCUGUCGCAAGAGAAGUGUUUUUUACGUGUAUUUCCAGAAAGGUGGUUGGAAAAAAACCCCAAAACGAUGGUGUUAUGUUGACAAGUUGCUCUACUCAGGUUGUUUGUACAUCCACGUUUGAGACAUUUGUGUUUCCUUUUAAGAUGUUUUUAGACGACUUAAAUGUGAGCCUUUCCUCACAGGUUUAAUCAGAAUGAUUCAUUUCAGGUUGUAAAAAUAGUUAUGCAAAGUUCCUACUCGCCUGCACCCAGUGCUUUUUUUUAAUUCUUCAGGUAUUUUCACAAUGAAGAACACAACGAUCAGAUUUCACCAGCACAAGUGCUUUUGGCAGCUGGGCGAACCGCCUUUUCCUUAGUGACCUUUGACCAUGAUCUUGUAAAAAAAAAAAAGAUAUUUUAAUUCCUUUAUUGUUACUUUGUAAACCAACCUGUGACUGUUUUUAUGAAGAUAAACUUGCUUU